UUUAAACCGUUGUAAUAAUCAAUGCUGUAAACAGAACAAGAAAGGGACGAAUCCAGGCUUCAUAUUCUUUUUUUCGUAAUUUCCGUUAAAACGAGAAGAUUGUACAAAACCAGUGCUUGGUGAAGGACUUCACACACCAGCAGUCCAUAACUAUAAAGACAAAAGAUAAUAAAAUAGGCGUAACAGAUUCAUACACAGGUUCUACAAGUGCUAGAUAUCAAAACAUCAUGCCUCUUGACGGCUUACUGCUCUCUAUGUUUGAAUUAUUUACGAGCAAUGCUACAAAUGAGGCAUCAAACAAACUCAAAAACGGUGAUGUUGCUAAUGAAGCAUUUAGCGAAAUUAUCAAGCGAGAUCUACACUACAUCAAAACAAAGCUCCAUAAUCUUUCGAAAAUAGAUCUUUGCUCCAGUUUUGACAAUAUGGAGGAAGGAUUCCUGCAACUUUUUGAAUGCUUUUACGAAGUGCAAAGAAAUGAGGAAUGCAAAGAAGCAAGUAAUAAUGAUGAUUCUCAGUCAACUUGCAUUGCCACCAGGUAUGAACUUUCCAGUGAAAUACAACGUUCAAAGGUUUUUGAAUUGGCAAGGGAUCGUUUUAAAGAAUCCAAUAAAAAAGUAACGGAAGCUUUCAACAUCAAAAAAUCAACCUUGGAGGACAGAAUAUUUGCCAUUAUUGUGAAGAUCGUGGCACAAAUUUUUGAAUGUCCUGAGCACCCAACGAAUAUCAUUAAUUUGUGUUUAACUUACAUAGAAAGGCUGCAUCAACUUGAUGGUGUUCGGGAAAUGUUUUCUGUUUUUAUUGGUGGUGGCUUCAAAUCAAGGCUCAAAAAAUCCCAGAGAAAGGAAAACAUGAAGUCUGUCAUUCUUCUCAACCAUCACUUAUAUCAGUUUAUUGCGAGGAUCAACAACAAUCAUGAUCAUUUAUCAACUUGGCCAAUUAUUGAACUUAGAGACGGAAAGGUGUUUAAUUCAAUGUGUGACUGGGGAAAGAUCUUCACUCUCGAGGAUUGGGGUAAAGAGUUGAUUGAAUCUUCAAGAGAAAUGGGCAAAAUGAAAGCCAUAAUGUUUCAAAUAAUGAAAAAGAUGAUUGAAAAUCUACAUGUUCAAGUAUUGACAUCACCAAAUGAAGGAAUGUUGAAUCCAGUAAGAGGUGAUAUUUUAAUUGCUGACGGCUUAAAAGGUGAAUCUUCAAAAAGUUUUGAAAUAUUUUCAUGGAAGGAGGAGAAAUGGUUUGACAUUGCAUCAAUGAAAAAUAAACACAACAAUGCUUCAUCAUUUAUCUAUAACGAUAAUUUGUUUGUUGUUGGAGGAUUUCUUUGUAAGUCAAUAGAGACAUUAAAUCUUAAUCAAUUACCUUUAACAUGGAAGACAUUUCCUCAAGAGCUUCCUUGUGAAUAUUUUAGUCAUCAAACUGUUGUUUAUAAACAGCAAAUUCUUCACAUUGGAGGAUAUGGUGCUGACAAAGGUGCCUCUGCUCUGAUCAGUGAAAUACAGAUUACUGAUAGCACAUCUGAUGUUUUAAAACAGCUAUGUCAAAUGCCUGAACCACGAAAAGACCAUGGAGCUGAGAUUGUUGAUGAUAAAGUUCUUAUUUUCGGGGGAAGGAGAAAAUUUGCGGAAGAUGCUGUUUCUAGUGUUUUGGAAUUUGAUCCAAGGACUCUUACAUUUAAGGAAAUGCCUCCAUUACCUCAUCCCUUAUAUGGAAUGGCAACAGUUCGAUGGAGAGAUCAAGUUGUUCUUCUUGGAGGUCGUAAUGAUGGAAGAGAAAUUUUGAGUAGUGUUAUCAUGUAUGACAGUAAGACAGGAAAGAUUACAGUCUUGCCAUCCAUGUUGGAAAGGAGAUUAAGGUGUUGUGCUGUUAUAACAGGCGAUACAAUUGCUGUCAUGGGAGGUAUGAUUGAGAAAAUUGAACGUCUUAAAUCAGUGGAGUGUUUCGAAAUGGGAAGCAGUUCUUCAUGGACAUAUCUUCCUUCAAUGAAUGAACCACGAGCAGAAGCCAUUGCUGAAUUCUUACCAUCUGGACAAAAGUAUGUAUAGGACAUGCAUUUUACUAAAAGUUUGAACGUUAUAACUCAUCAAUGUUCAUUUGGGUUACAUUGGAUGAUAAAUCUGUAAAGUAAAAAUGUAAACGUUUAAAAGUUUACAUAAUCAUUAACUACCUUCAUGAAUUACUAGAAAAGGUUAUUGACUUUUGUAUUUAAGUUUUAUUGAGUUUGUAGAGACUAGUUUCUAUCUUUCAUCUUGUCCUUGUUUGAUUGCAGUAUGUCAGUCUAUCCACUGACCAAUAAAAUGUGAGGGGGUAAA